UUUGAUCGCGGCUGAGACGUGGACGUCGCUGAAGAAGUUCCGGCGCUGCGGUCGACUGAGCCCUGAUAAGAGUUUGGUGCUUGUUCUCAUCCGAAUUGCCCGCGACGUCGUGGCGCUCCGCUUAUUAAAUCUCGGUAAAUUGCAUUAAAUCAGAGUUAAUUGCACGCCAAUUAUUACCCGCGAUUCAAUUGCAGCGGCUCGCGCGUCGUUCGUUAAGGCAUUUACGAUCCGUGCCAUAAUUAAAUUGGAAUCAAAGUGUUGUGCUUCCGUGGACAAAGAAAACUGAAGAAGACGUUGGGAGGCUGAUCCCCACCGCCGCCACCCCGCUUACCUAGGUCAGGUGGCGUUCAUGUAUAGGACUUUUUCUGAAGCCGGGGAUCCUUGAAAACUUAUUUAAAUUCAUAUUCAAUUAGUUCAAAGGCACUUAAAUCAACGCGACAAAGUGGAUAACAAACUCAUUUACUCCGAUGCCAUUUCGAGAUGCUUGUUUGGAUUCAUUAUUACAGAUAAUCAAUGCAUUUAAUAAAUAAUGUGAUAUUAAUGCAGAACAGACAGUAAAAUUAACUUGAACCAGUUGAUUGCAAAAUUAACAUCUAAUUUUGCGGAAAUAAUUAAGUGCGUGUGGCUCCGGAGCUAGCAAACUGUCGACUUUAUCACUUCGCAACUUUUCAGCGAAUAUGCUGAACAAUUUGAGCUCAUCAGUUUUGGGAGGAUCUAAGGAUUGCGAUCUACCCAAGUCUGCAUUAACGUCGCUGCACGGGAACAACUUCGGCCAAGUUCCUACAACUCCUACGCCAGACACAAACGGUUCCUCGGGACGAUUACAUGUUUCCAGUGGAUUAUGUGAGCCACACUCGAUGCAGCAAGACCAAAAUUCAGAAAAAUCAGGGAAGCAGAAAAGGCAUCGAACACGCUUCACACCUGCCCAGCUGAAUGAGCUUGAAAGAUGCUUCACGAAAACCCACUAUCCUGACAUUUUCAUGCGGGAGGAGAUUGCGAUGCGAAUCGGACUGACCGAAUCAAGAGUACAGGUCUGGUUUCAGAAUCGUCGUGCCAAAUGGAAGAAACGCAAGAAGACAACCAAUGUUUUUCGAACUCCCGGUGCUCUGCUUCCAUCACACGGUCUACCACCGUUUGGAACUAACAUAACUAAUAUCACAAUGGGCGAGAGCUUAUGUGGGUCCUCUAUGUUCGGAGGCGAUCGGUGGGGUGUGAACCCAAUGACUGCAGGUUUUGGCCAACUUAACCAAUCGUCUACACUCUCAUCUACGUUAAAUAGUGGUCUUAAUUCGAGUAUUAACAUUAGUUCUGCUAUGGGUGCUGGCAGUUACCAACAUUAUGGAUUGAAUGCUUUGGGGGAUACCAUGAUGUACCAGCAUUCAGUGAGUGGUGUCGGCUGCACAGGUAGUUCACCAACGACCACUACACCCCCAAACAUAAAUUCAUGCUCGUCAGUGACGCCGCCAAUUUCCAAUAACCAACAGAAUCCUAGUCAGAAUGACGUCAAUUCUGAACAAAUGAACUCGCAACAGCCACAGCAGCAGCAAGGACAACAUCAAGAGCAAAAUAACCACCACGCGACGAAUUGCCAGGCGCUGCAGUCGGGUCAUGACGGAGAGGAUGAUGUCUGGCGGGGACAUAGUAUAGCAGCGCUUCGGCGGCGAGCCUCCGAACUGAAUGCGUCCUCAAUCCCUUCCUACUUGCACGCGCACAGCUACGAACAUCACAACUCCGUAUAUUGAGAGUUAUCCGAGUGCCAGGAAACUUUCCAUCGUGGUUAUAUAUGCUAGGAUCUUUAAUUUACGUUUUCGAAAUUCAAAACGCCCAGUGUCUACUCGAUCAUAAGAAGCAUCCUUUUAUUCAGGAUAUUCAUGGAGGUCGGUAUGGAAACAGCAUUACUCCGACAGAAACAAAAAAUAAACCAAGCACUUGAUGGGGAUUUUCGAUUAUGUUAGCAAAUAUGAACAACUCACUCCAUCCUUUUGGAAUUUCCAGAGGAAGCGGGCAUCGAAACUGGUUUUUAGUACAUAUAUGUAGCUGUUCUGGAUUCUACCUGCUAACAAUCGUUUAUCAAGUGUUUUGUAAAAUACGAUAUGUUUAGUUUCAGUGAAGAUAUUUGAAUAACCGUAGAAAGCCAGCCAGAAGGACUGACCUUAAUUAUGGAAAAGUUUAAUGCCCAUUUCAAAGCCAGCAUAGAUUGGUUAGCAAAUCUCAAAGUAAUUACACCACGGUGGGAAAAUCUGCAAACAGCACUGAACAAUUUCUUUUUCAAAUCCCACGAUAUUCACGUAAUGGGAGGAACAACAUGAGAUGUAUAAACUGCCGUCAUCCAGGUCUUUAACUGCUCUUUAAUAAAGAUAAGACCAAGUAUUUGGUGAGAACGUCAACGCUAUAAACAAAAACAACCGCAGUAUCCAAUACCACUAGUCAACUGAAAGCAAACGUUCAAAAUUUCUCCUAUUUAUGUUAGGUUCGAAAACCACCACCUAUUGUUGCCAGCCAAUAGAGCCUAUUUCAGCGUACGAAAACGCUUCCAGUCGGAACGUCUCGCCAUAGGGUCAAAGCUCCUACUGUGCAAAACUAGCUAUUGCUUCUUCCCAUGUAUUCAUCAGAGUUUCUGAAUCUUAGCAAGCAAAAUUUGGAACUCUUAACUGCAUUCAAGAGGAGGAUGCUACGAUCUACGGUCCCAUACAGGAAAAUGGACGAUUCCGUAGCUUAUAUAACAAAGUAGAUCCCUAGUUUGUUGUAUAAGCUACGGAAUCAUGACCGUUGUCAGGGGCAGGUCACUUAAUUCAUAUGAUCAAAUUCAAAUGGUGCAAUAUAGUAGGCCAGGGCGCCAGUUAAUAGGGAUACUGAAUUAGUGUCCCUCCGCACAAAACCGGGAUGUUUGGAGUUCUUUAUUAAGCCAGACCUAGAACGGACACCGGUUGUUGCGCCGUUGAUGAUGAUGAUGAAUUUCAAAAGCGCUUUCUGUGAAGAAUUUACAUCCUAAAAUCGUCCCGAGAUAGUGCAAAUGAUUUCAGAGAUAUCAAUUUCACAGCAAUGUAUACGAAAUAAAUAACUUUUUUUUGGAAACUUUAAAGUAUAAAUUUGCAUUCUGGGUGUCUUCCAACUAGAAAUUACCUGAAUUAAUCCAAACAUUUUAUGCAUUUAUUGCUACUCCUCAAAGCCAGUAUACAUGUUUCUGAGGUGGAGAAUGAAUAUCACAUAAAUAACCACAAUUAUGUUAUCUCUUGUGAUUUACACUAGUUUCAAUUUGCUUCAAUAUAAAUUGUAGAAGUUUAAACUUUUCAUCUACAUAUAUAAGCAAUUGCCAUAGAUAAUUUUCUUAAAGAAAAUGUCUGUAUUAAUGGUCUCCAAACAAAUGACAAAUAAAGCUACAUACAAUUCAAAAUUAUCGUAAUUUCAACCUGCAAUACGGUGUUUUCGGCGGUUGCCAACAUCCAGAAAUCAUUAAGGACUACCAUAAGUUAAGGAGAAGUUAUGCGCCACCAUUCCAACCGGUAUGAAAGAGCGAUAUUCAUAAAUUUUAAUAGUGGUCAGCCUUUGACACAUGAUUAAAUUGUAAAUAGUCAAAUUUUAUACUAUCUGAAAACUGACUCCCGAAAAAUGGAGUCCUAUAUUUUGAAAGAAACAACUCUGACAAUCGUUGUGAGUUGAGUUCAGUGCAAUCAAACGUAUCUUCGCAAUCCCUAUCAGUUCUCUAUUUAUUUUGUUAACUUAGCGCAGAAAUAGGAUAAAGCCACGACACGGAGUAACUUCCCAAUGAAAAAUAUUUAACAAUAAAAAGACUAAAAUAAGUAUACGAACGUUUUUAAAAAACAGAAAAAUUCAAUGUGUUAUAAUCAGCAUUUACCAGAUGAUUCUCCGCUAGGAACAUUAAAAUAUAUUGUACUUACACAUUCCAAGGUAACAAACACAUAAUAGCGCCACAGACAUACUUUAGUAAAAACAAUAUAUGAUCCUUGUAAGCAAAUUCAACUUACUAUUCUAUAAGACGUAAUAAAACAACUAAGCAAACCAUUUGGAAAAUUUGAAAGCUGAAUAAGUAAAAUUAGUAAAUGAUUCCCCAAUUAUAGUAUAUUACAAUCGUAGUUAUAUUCGUAAGUUUAAUUAUAAUUGUACAGAUCCCAGAUUUAGUGAUGAAGUAAAGAAUGUAUAAUGUGAAAUGUAAAGCCAUUCUGUAUACGAUAUAUAUAAAAUAAACAAUACCAUUGUAAUUCUGUGCGCUUUCUUUCCCCUACUGCAAAUGCCGCAACUGGCGCUUUUAGAGGGUCGGGAGUCCGAUAGACAACAAUUCCUGGAUGGGCUGUCUGCAUGUAGGUCCAAUGACUGUGCGUUGUCGAAAGCAGCUAGACAGAUUAAUAGGCCAAUCUUCAGAGAAUAUCCGUGAAUGCAUUUACGCACACAGUGUUGGACUCUCGGUUCGGUACGUCGUCGGACUACCAACUAAACACCUCCCCAUCGUCAGAGAGCUAGUCUGGAACCGUUUGUCACAUUACUUCGGGCUAGUCCCCGAACUCUCCCUCCUUGCGGCGCCUUCAAAUUAGGAAAUUCCUUUCACCAACCGGAGGGGAGAGGAGGAAGGGAACUGUCAGUUCA